AUGGCGUCGAUACCGAUUGUGGUCAAGCACGCCGGCAAGAAGUACGAUGUCGAAGUCGAGCCCGAAUCCACUGGCGAGACUUUCAAGUUUCAACUCUACAGCUUAACCGGCGUCGAGCCUGAGCGUCAAAAGGUCCUGAUGAAGGGCGGUCCCCUCAAGGAUGACGCCGACAUGACCAAGUUCGGCCUCAAGCCCGGUCAGACAAUCAUGAUGAUGGGUACCCCCGGGGACGGUGCCGCUGUCCUCGAGCGCCCCAAGGAGCCUGUCAAGUUCGCCGAGGACAUGACAGAAGCAGAGCUCGCUCAACAAGAUGGCGCCACCCCCGCCGGUCUACAGAAUCUUGGCAACACCUGUUACUUGAACUCGACUCUGCAAACCCUCCGAGCAAUUCCCGAAUUGCAAAACGCCCUGACGAAGUACGAGCCCGCUGCCGCCAACUCCAUCACCGGCACCCUUCCUCAACUGGACCUGUCGAGGCAACUGCGCGACCUGUGGAAAUAUAUGGGCGAGACACAGGAGCCCGUGGUUCCUCACGCCUUCCUGAGUGCUCUGCGAACCGCCUACCCUCAGUUUGCCGAGCGCUCGCGGACCGGUCCUGGCUUUGCUCAGCAGGAUGCAGAGGAGGCCUGGUCUCAGAUUAUCAGUCAGGUUAGGCAAAAAGUCAAGGUCAAGAACUCAGCAGAGGCCGAGCAGUCAUUUAUUGACUCCUACAUGGCCGGCGAGUUCUCUAGCAAGCUCGAGUGUGAUGAUCCUGCUGCAAAGGAACUGGGCGAGGAGCCCAUCCUCACCAAGGAUGCCUUCCUCAAGCUCAACUGCCACAUCGACAGCUCCACAAACCAUUUGUCAGAUGGCAUCAGGAACGGUCUAGUAGAGAAGAUCGAGAAGAAGUCUGAGCUUCUCGAUCGGGAGGCUACAUAUACCCGGACCUCAAAGAUCUCACGCCUGCCAAAGUACCUGACAGUACACUUUGUGCGAUUCUUCUGGAAGCGUGAAACACAGAAGAAGGCCAAGAUCAUGCGAAAGGUCACUUUCCCCCACGAGCUGGAUGUCGUCGAGUUCUGCGAUGAGCACCUCGCCAAGAUGCUCGUCCCAGUGCGCGACAAGGUUCGUGAGAUCCGCAAGGACGAGGAGGACAUUGAGCGCUCCCGUAAGCGACGCAAGAAGAACAACGGCGAGGCCGCGCUGGAGGAUAUUCCCGGCGGCAUGGGCGCAAAGCUCGAUAAGAAGGACGCCCAGCAGGAGAAGAAGGAGGAGAAGAAGAAAACUGCCGAUGGCGAUGUCGAGAUGACCGAGACUUACAAGACGGACGCUGAGAUCGAUGCCGAGAAGGACGCUGCUCUGCUGGCAGCUAAGAAGGAGCUGAACGGCCUGAUUCAUCCUGACUUGGCCAAGGACGAUGGCGCCAACCAGUCUGGUAUCUACGAACUGCGCGGUGUCGUUACCCACCAGGGUGCAAGUGCAGACAGCGGUCACUACACAGCGUACGUGAAGAAGGAAGGCCGCGUCGACCCAAAGACGGGGAAGAAGUCAGAGGAGGAUGGCAAGUGGUGGUGGUUCAAUGACGACAAGGUCACUGAGGUUACUGCUGACAAGAUCGAUGCUCUCGCCGGUGGCGGCGAGUCUCACUCAGCUUUAAUCCUCUUAUACAAGGCCAUCCCACUUCCAUCUGCUGAGGGUAUUGUCGAGUAG